CGUCGCAACGUCGAGCUGCCGUUUCCAUAUUCGGGCACGUUGAGCGUGCUUCGGGCGAUGUCAACUCCGCAGAAAAGGACGAUCUCUGAGCGGACGGCGGAGAACGCGGCUGUACAGGUGGCCGGGACCUUCGCCACGCUCGGCGCAGUUGCUACUGAACGCGAGCUGAAGACCGUCACGGCCAUGCUCGCGCAGAACACGCAGCUGCUCUACGGCGUUAGCGCCAUCAUUGCGGACCCCAAUUCGCGGGAGCUUGUGGCCGAUGCAAACAUGGUGCAGGCCUUGGUGCGGCUCGCGAAGGACGACAAUUUGCGUGGCCUUCUCCUCGGCGUGCAACCUGACGCCGCGGCUCUGAUCACCGCCGCGCGGUCUGCCAAGGCGAGGAAGCUGCGUUCGGCGGCCGAGAGGAUGAAGCACCUCUACAUGGCGGGCUACAUGGAAGCCGUUGUGAUCAAGGCUUUGCGGCGGCUCAACAAACACGACUUUUUCAAUGCCGACGAGUCUGGCAGCCUGCCACCCGCCGUCCAGGACGCCGACCUCCUGAAGGGCAUCGUUCAGGGCGACCUGGUCGACGUCUUCGUCGUCAGCGGUGCGCAGGUUGGGGACAAGCUGAAGGACCUCGACCUGGAGACGUUCACGGAGUCCGCUGGGUGGUUCUGGACGGACGGUGAGAAGAAGACCAUCCAGUGCAGCAUCGACGCCAAGAAG